AUGGACGGCGGAGAUAAUUUCCAAGACACGCUCUGGCAAAACCUGAACUUUGCCCGCGAAGCCCUCUUCUCCCAGCAGACCCUCGCCCUCCUAAACCAGCACGUCCUCAGCCCCUCGUCGCCCCUCCAGACCCUCCGCCGCCAGUUCGUAGACCUCCUCUCGACGCUCUACAACGAGAUCAUGUCGCCCGUGCUGCGGCCGGUCCUCGACCGCGCCGCGCAGGCACUCAUCAACUCGCCCGACGUCGUGGUCCUCGCGGCGGCCGUCCUCGUCCUCCUGUUGGCGCUGCAGGUGCUGCUGUGGGUGCGGCGCGUGGUCGCGUGGUUCACGGCGCUGGUGGUGCGGCUCGUCUUCUGGGCAUGCGUCGCUGCGGUGGUGGCUGCCGUGUGGCAGCGCGGGCCCGACCAGGCCGCGCGGGACCUGGCUGCGUUUGUGGGCGUGGUGAGCGGUUAUGCGACGCUGCUGUACCGGUAUACGAGGGACGUCUGGCUCAGGGAGUAUGAGCGGUACGAGGCGCAGCAGAGUUUUGGGAAUAGGGAGGCGCAGGACUAUCUCCAGAACAGAGCGGCUCGCGGUGGGCUGUGA